UAUGUUUUCUCUCUUCCAGGCUGACGAGGGAGCAGAGCCUGGGCACGUGGCCUCUACGAGCCAGGCCUGCUCUGGAAAAAGCACCCGGUCGUCCCUCCCAGGCCCUGCCUUCCCCAGGCUGCCCAGGCCCCACUAACAAUGAGUGAGAAGGAGGAGGACGAUGACGAAGCCUGGCUGCAGCUGCGGCCGGUGGAGCCCUUGCCAUCCCAGUGCUGUGGCAGUGGCUGCUCACCCUGUGUGUUCGACCUCUAUCACCGAGACCUGGCAAGGUGGGAGGCAGCCCGAGCCAGCAAGGACAGGAGCCUGCUGAGUGGGGAGGAGCCACAGAGCUGCCCCUCCAGCCUGAGCCCAGAGACCUUCGUGGCCUUCAGCAUUAGCACUGUGGACAAAGUCACCAAGGACACCUACCGCAUCCGAUUUGCACUGCCCGGGAAUAGCCAGCUUGGCCUGCGGCCUGGCCAGCACCUCAUCCUACGGGGGACAGUGGGUGGCUUAGAAAUUCAGAGAGCUUAUACACCCAUUAGCCCUGCCGACGCAAAAGGGUACUUUGAAGUUUUAAUUAAGUGCUACCAGACUGGGCUGAUGUCCCGGUAUGUUGAAUCCUGGAGAACAGGAGACACAGCUUUCUGGAGAGGACCUUUUGGAGGCUUCUUCUAUAAACCAAACCAGUAUGGUGAGCUUCUCAUGCUGGCUUCAGGCACAGGCCUGGCCCCCAUGGUGCCCAUCCUGCAGAGCAUCACAGACAACGCAGACGACGAGACCUUCAUCACGCUGGUUGGCUGCUUCAAGACCUUUGAGGGCAUCUACUUGAAAACUUUCCUCCAGGAGCAGGCCCGCUUCUGGAACGUCCGCACCUUCUUUGUACUCAGCCAGGAGAAGUCCCUGGAGCAGCUCCCCUGGAGUUACCGGGACAAGACACACCUUGGCCGCCUGGCGCAGGACCUGAUGAAAGAGCUGGUCGGCUCCUGUCGCAGGAAGCCGUUUGCAUUGGUCUGUGGCUCGGCCGAGUUCACCAAAGACAUGGCCAGGUGCUUGCUGUGUGCGGGCCUGGCCAAGGACUCCUACUUCCUCUUCUAG